UGAAAGAGUGAAACAGGCGUCAGACAGUUGGAUGAGGAAGUGGCGGCAGUGAGCGAGCACAUGGGUGUGGUUGUGUGCUUGGCUGGCAGCUUCUCCAUCAGCCUUUCAGAACUCGCAGCACGGAGCGUUGGAAGAUAAUGAGGCCGUGGAAACAUCUCUGGACACCUCACAGGAUGGACACCAAGAUUUACUGGGCUUCCUUGACUCUGUUCUUCAUGUUAAGUGUGUCAAGGGCUCAGACUCCCACACCAGCACAUCAAAAGGAGGGCACCAAGAUGUUAUCCACUACAGCAACUCUCACUGAAGGAAGCGUGAAAACCAGAGUCACCAGAGAUGCUGGCUCCACCCCGGAUACCUCCCCUGCUGAACAGACCGCAACCCAGCAAUCUGACACAAAAAGCUCUGUCAACACCACAGCACCAGCAGCUGCCACAAUAAAAGCUCCCAGAGAUGUGACAUCAGAACCACAAACAAAGCCACCACCGUCACGAGUGACAUCGUCCCCAACUCCAGUUAAAACAAUCACCAAAGCCCCCAAAGCCUCCAAAGCCCCCAAAGGGACCCGUCGAAUUGAAGAAUGGGAUCGGAAAUGGGACGAACCAUUUAAUUACGAUUAUGAGUCCCUGCGAUACGCCGGACUAACUAUUGCUGGAGUCCUCUUUAUCGUGGGCAUAAUGAUCAUCAGUUGUGGCAAGUGUAGUCGGUUGGCCAGGCGUCGUAUGAGGUCGUCAAAGUGAACACGUACAGCGGUCAAAUUGAGAGAAAGAAACCAUCAAGAGAAAAAACACUCAACCAACACCUGGCAGCAUGUUUGUGCUUGUGGACGGAGACUAUAUGCUGCUUAGUAACCAUGCCAUAGAAAAACACUGAAUAAUAAACAAAGGGGAGACAAAGUGAAUCUA